CCGCGGGGCCGGCGGCGGCGCGGCGCGCCGUGGCCGCGCCAGAGGCGGCCGCCGAGGCGGCGAGCCAGGACGCGCAGACGCAGUCCUACAUCGCCAUGAACCGGUUCAUGGUCCGCGACGGCCAGGGACCCGCGUUCGAGCAGAGGUGGGCGCAGCGGAAGUCGUCCCUGAAGACGCUGCAGGGCUUCGAGUGGUUCGCUCUGAUGCGGCGGGUGCAGUCGCCAGACCCGGACGACGAGUACACCUACUCGAGCUUCACGUGGUGGCAGACGAAGAAGAACUUCAACUCCUGGCGGAAGGGGCCCGCCUUCCAGGAGGAGCGCACGGAGGCGGGGACAUCCUCUCCUUCCUGGGCAUGAUCGUCAGCGGCUUCAUGACCUCCAAGGGCCCCCCCAAGCCGUGCUUCUGGCGCGGGGAGCAGGUGGACCUGCCGAGCAGCCCGCCCGCUGUCCGCUUCGACGGAGGCCCGGGCAGCAGGCCAGACGUCGACGGCUCCGCGGUGCUGCCCCCGGAGGUGUUCGUCUCCCUCCGUCGCUACGGCAGCGAGGACGGCGUGGAGACCUCGUUGGGCGAGGACGACAGCCGCGCCCUGGCGAGCGCCGCGGGCCUCCGCUUCUCGCAGGUGCUCCGGCGCGACCAAGAGCCCGACGACGGCGCAGGCGCCGCCCUGCUCAGCGUGUGGGACUCUCGCGCGGACUACGAGGCGUCGGCGGUGGCGGAGGCCGCCGCGCCCCCGCGGGGCGAGGCCCUCUACGAGGGCGUGCUCGUCCUCGAGAGGGGCGCCUAAGGGGGGGACGCGCUGCGGCGAGGCCUGCGCUGCCUUGUGGAGGCAUCGGGCUUGGUAUCGCUCGGACGUUUGCGUUUUUUCCUCGGCGAGGACCAUCGAGGAGCAUUCUUGAUCACUUGCCCCCUACAACUACUUCACUUCCGAAGGCUCCGUGGAGACUGCGUACGAUCGUCUAGAGUCAGAGUUUCCAAUGCCACCGAGCCCUGGUGGAGACUGGGCAUUUGACUAGCUGGUGAAUUUUCAACGCAGCGGCUCGGACAGAGACUGGCCGCUCGCGGUGCGCAGAGUAGGAGGUAGCCCGCUCGUAUGUCUCCCGCGAGUGAGCGCACAGCUCGAGAGGCGCAUAUCAAUUCAA